AUGGACUACUUCAAACGCAUGCCAGGCCGCAUCAGUCAUGCUGUUUCCACAGACAUCACCAUCAAUCGCACUGUUCGCUAUGGCGGGAAAGCUGUCCGUGCUGCUCCUUCUGUCGCUGCUCAGUAUCUCGUCGAGAGAGUGCCCGUGGUGCAUUGGCUCCCUGGAUACAAUCCACGAUGGCUGUUGAACGACACACUUGCUGGCGUCACUGUCGGUGUGCUGUUGAUCCCUCAGUCGCUGGCCUACGCCAAGAUUGCCACCAUCCCUGGCGAGUUCGGGCUGAUGUCCAGCUGGUUGCCCAACUUCCUCGUCUUCAUCAUGGGCACAUCCAAGGAUCUGUCCACCGGUCCCACCUCUCUCAUGGGGCUCCUGACUGCCGAGAUUGUCGCUGACGUAGUCCACGAAGGCUACUCUGCACAAGCCAUUGCCUCUGCAGUGGCCAUGUCUGUGGGCAUAUAUUCGCUCGCCAUCGGUCUCCUCAAGCUUGGAUUCUUGCUCGAGUUCAUCUCGGUACCGGUGCUCAGUGGUUUCAUCUCCGCUGCUGCCAUCGUCAUUAUGCUUGGGCAGAUUCCCUCGCUCUUCGGCAUCACGGUCAGGACGGGUACUGCGAACAUUAUCCACGACAUUUUUGCCAAGCUCCCGCAAUGGGACGGUGCAACCUGUGGCAUCGGCCUUGGCGGUAUUCUCAUCCUCGUGAUGAUGCAGAAGAUGGGCCAGCGCUGGGGCAAGAAGAGCAAGGCUGUGUGGUUGCUCGCACUGGGUCGCAGCGCCGUCGUUCUGAUCCUCUUCACUGGCAUCUCGUAUGGCAUCAACAGGAACAGAGCGGACGACCCGGUGUGGGCGCUGAGCAAGGUCAAGUCCGACGGCAUUGAGGCACCUAGGAUGCCCGACAGCGAGCUGAUCAAGAAGGUGUUCCCCCGCUCCAUCGCCCCCUUCAUCGCUGCUGCUCUGGAGCACUUGGCCAUUGCCAAAGCGUUUGGUCGCAAGAAUAACUACAUCACGGACCCCGCCCAAGAGCUGGUCUAUCUGGGCACCACCAACUUCUUCAACUCCUUCUUCUCUUCCAUGGCUGUAGGUGGCGCCAUGUCGCGCACGGCUGUCAACUCCGACUCUGGCGUCAAGUCUCCUGCGUACGGUGUCAUUGCGGGCGGCGUAGUCAUCCUCUCCCUCUUCAAGCUCAGCCCGGCCCUGUACUGGAUUCCCAAAGCGACGCUGGCCGCCAUCAUCGUGACUGCCGUCUGGCAUAUUGUCAUCCCUCCCAAGGUCUUCUACGGCUACUGGAAGACGUCGCUCGUGGACUUUAUCGCAUCCAUGCUCGCUUUCUGGCUCACCCUGUUUGUCUCGUCUGAAGUGGGCAUCGGCGCAGCGGUCGGCUUCAGCAUCUGCUACCACCUCCUCUUCCAGGCGUUCCACCGCGUGCGCCGCAUCACCACGCUUGACGCUACCUUUUCCAACCCAAACAGCACUGUCGUGCCCCUCGACACACAGGUUUUCCGCAUCCACCAGUCCAUGCUGUUCUACAACGCAUACCACAUCAAGAACCAAUGCCUCGACGCGAUCCAGACGCACAGCUCAGGGCAAGUCGUCACCCCAGAAGCACAGAAAGAGCGAAACUGGAGCGUCGCAGGCGACAAGCGCGCCGCACGCCUCCGCACCAAAGCCGCCAUCGUCGACGAACCAGUCCAAAUCCGCAUCGUCGUACUAGACCUCUGCGGCAUGCACAACAUCGACACCACCGGCCUCAGCGCGCUCCAAGACCUCAAAGCCGACGUCGAGAAGUUUGGCGGCAAGGCCACGCAGCUGCGUCUCGUGGGGCUGAACGAGCGCGUCGCGCUGCGCUUCGCCCGCUUCGGAUGGCCCGUCGCUGCAGCGGAUGAGAUGGAGAAGAGCAGCGAGGAGCGCCGCAGGGUUACUGCUGUUUAUGCUUCUGUACAACAGGCGCUGGUGCAGCGUGGACGCACGUACAGCGAGGACGAGAUUACGCCGGUUGAGGUACAUAUCUUUGGGGACGAGAAGGAGAAGGUUUAG